GAAAUUAGCGGUAGAUUAUUGGAAGAGGAAAUCCAGGUAAUUGAAACUGCAUGUAAGAAGAAAUUGGGUAUUGAAAACGAAGUAAAAAUAAUAACAAGACUAUCAAAAUUAGUGAUAUACGAAAAAAACAGCCCACCCUUUCCAAUAGUAAAGCACAAUGAUACAAGCGAUAAUAAAUUUGCAACGUUAGUGUGUGUUCUACCCAGUACCAAACCCAAAAAGGGUGGUGAAUUUUUUAUAAAGCAUAAUAGUACAAUAGUAUCAUUAAAUAUAAACAAUGUUAGUCCAUCGAACCUUAGAUUUGUCGCAUUUUUCAAUGAUUGCCAAACCAAGAUGAAGCCAAUAACAUCAGAUGGAUAUAGAGCAUGCUUGGUAUUCGAUCUAAUCAAAUCCAAUAAAAGACUAUCCCUAUCUGCAAAUGAACUAGAUACAGGUAAAAAGAACCAAGAGACAAUGAAAAAACAAAUAAGCGAACAACUAGAAUCAUUAUCAAACGAAAUUAAUAACCAGUUUACAAAAUUAAAUAAAUUAAUAUAUGUAUUCGAUCACCACUAUCAGUCAUUCAGUCAACUAUUAAAAUCGAAUGAAUCUAUCAAUGACAAAACCAUUACAAAUAAAAUAUUAGCAUUAAAGAAUUCUAUUGGAUACUCAGUUUAUUUAGCCCAAUUUAGCUACCAAGAAAUAUUGUCCAUCAAUGGUGAUUUUGUAAAAGAUGAUACCUCCUCUGUAGUAUCAAAUUUCCUAGAUCCAAACGACCUAUCUCCCAUCACCCUAUUUGGAAUCGACACUCAUAUAGAUAUCGAUGAAAUUCUUCCAAUAAACUGUUUAAAAAAUAUAGAACCUAAACUAACAAGAGACGCCAAUAGUGAAGACGAAAUAAAAACAUACACAGCAUCAUCGUUGGUUAUCAUCAAAAAUGAAACGCUAAAUAUCCCACCUCCUCUUAUCCAGUCAUCUUCUUGUUCUGAGAAUAUAAACCCAAAUAAAAACAAAAAAACCAAAACAAAAUAAAAAACCUGUAUAAUUUCAAACC